AAACCGACUAAAAGUCGUGUCUUGUUUAGAUUUUAUUUUUUUCACAAAAGCCGUUAAAUUGUCCACUAAUAGACGCUUUAUUGUCCAGUGCUAUUUUAAAUAUGUAUAAGUCUACCGUGUUGAACACUUUAGGUGUAGAGGGUGCGGAUACGUGUUUUAUCUGUCUUAGCCCCUUUGGAAAGCAAGCAGUGGCCUCUGUGGAGAGCUGCCAGCAUGUGUUCUGCCUUGAGUGUAUUCUGCAAUGGUCCCAGACAGCCAACACCUGCCCAGUGGAUCGGAGCAGUUUUGCUUUCAUCCACCAGAGAGGGUGUCCUGGAGGGGACAUUCAAAAGAAGAUCAAAGUGAGGAUGAAGAAAAAUGAUGAUGAUGAUGAUGAAGAGGAGGGGAGCAAUGCUAUUAUCUGUGAGAAAUGUGGACGCAGCGACCGCAGGCACCGGCUGCUAGUGUGCAUCCGCUGUGAUUCAGGGUAUCAUAUGGAGUGCUUGACACCUUCAUUAAACACAGGCCCUGAUGGUGGCUGGACGUGUGCUGAGUGUGCGCUCAAUCCUCAGCAUACAGACACCUCCGUGGUGGAGGGGGAGAUCAGUGAUGGAGAAUUAAAAGACCUCCUAGCUGAAGCCAACGAAACUGCAUCUACCAGCGGUCGCCUUCGGCCCUCCACCAUAAAUCGCCCCAGCAGCUCCCGUGAACGACGACACAGCCAGAGGAUCCAAAGCCGGGCCAGCAGCAAUCCUCAUCCUCGCCCACAAACCUCAUGGCAUGUGCCUAAAUAUCUGUUAGGGGCCUCAACGCCUGCAGUCACAACAGCACUACAUCCCAUUGAGACCAGCAGUGCGUCAGUCGCAUUAAAGAGGAGAAGAAGAAGGAAGCGUGCAACUUGAGCUCCUGAAGCUUCUGACAUUAACAAGAGGAGACGUUGGAAGUUGGUGUGUAAAGGGGUCCCUGUGUAAAGAUGACCACACGGGGGCAGCAUCGUGUUAGCAGGCGGCUGUUGAGUU